UGUUAGCGCGGAGGGUUUGCCAUGAACCUCUACAGGCUUGUACGGCUGAUGAUAAUCGCGGUUAUCCAUUUACUGAUAGUUCAAGUGGAGGCACAAAGUGAUCCAACGAAUUUGAGUUUCGCUGAAAAUCUGUACGCGACACUAUCUGGUGCUUGUCGAGCUAUUAUGGACCUCCAGUUCAAUUCGAUGAACAGUCAAAAUGCUAUUUUAAAAACUAUGAAAGUUAUUUAUCUGAAUGACACGGACAUACAAACAUUUUCCAUCGAUAAAAGCUUCCAGACUCUGACACAGCCCGGCGUGUUCGACAUUACAAAACAAACAAAAAUAAUUAUUCAUGGAUACAGAGAUAAUUCGCAAUCAUCGGUGUCGUUAGAUUUAGCCCAAGGUUAUAAUGAAAAGAAAAUGUUUAACGUGCUGCUCGUCGACGCCGAGGAAAUGAUGAAUCAGAGGUACAUACUGUCGGUGCACAAUGCUCGUCUCGUGGGGAAGAGGCUCGCUAAUUUGCUGGCUAAUUUGGAAAAUUUUGGAGCCAGUGCGGAAGACUUUCACCUUCUUGGGAUAAGUUUAGGAGCACACAUAGCAGGCUGGACCGGAAAAUAUUUCCAUCGAUACAGGUCUCGCACAAUAGGCCGCAUAACGGGACUGGACCCGGCAGGUCCUUGUUUCUCUUUUGCGUAUGCGGAUCAAAGACUGGAUAAAAUGGAUGCUCAGUAUGUAGACGUUUUGCAUUCGAAUAGGUUAGUACAAGGCGUGAUCGAACCUCUGGGUCAUGCAGAUUUCUAUAUAAACGGUGGUGGACCUCAACAGCCAGGGUGCGUAAUGCCCUCCUGUAGCCACCUGAGAGCUGCUCAAAUAUACGCAGAAAGCAUAAGAAUACCAAAAUCGUUUGUGGGAAUUCGAUGUCUAACUUGGCAGGAAUUUGAGACGAAUUCAUGCAUAGAUAAAAAUUAUGCCGUUCUUGGAUACGGUUCCUCGACCUCGACCCGUGGUCUUUAUUACCUAAGGACGACGGCCAGUCCUCCCUUUGGCCUCGGCAUGAAUGGCACGACAUAUGUUGCUCCGCCAGAGAAAAAUAAUGAUUGGCUAAUGAAUUUAAGUUACACUUGAACUUAUAUUUAAUUAUUUUGGACGUUUAGUAAAUUAUUUUUUUCGUUGCCAUAAUAAUAAUUGAGUUUAUCCUUUCUAUGCGUAU